GCCUUGCCUAAGUUUGAUAGAUACAUUUUGUAAGAUUAGAAAUUUUCAUCAGAGCAUUCACUGGUACUUCUGCUCUGUAUAAAAAGAGUUUUAUAAGAAAAAACUGUAGCUUGGUUACACGGAAAAAAAUCUAAGAAAAGAUGAGCCGAAAGAAAUAUAAGAGUGCAAUAGUCGAGCUGGGCAUGUUGUUGCUGGGCUGUAUUGUGCUAGGCUGGAUACCAACAGUCCAGUCCGAGAUCUGUACGCUGGGCGAGAAGACACCUACACCAAACUACACAGCAGCUCUGGACGCUUCAUACACAUUCAUCAUCGAGAUGACGGACCUUAUCGCCAAAAAGACGUACUACGUUCACGAGACUCGCCAGAAGCACGAUGACGUAGACUGGGCCGUGAACGUAGCGGCAGUGCACGUGAGGUCCGAUACGACGUCUGAGACCUUCUACUACUACGACGCUCAGAGGCGUUUUGUGCACUACAAGGACGGUGGCUGUAGCGUGGACGCGUUGCCCUUCGACCCGUGGGGGUGGUGGGAUGAAGACCCCCAGCACGGCAGCACCCAUUACGGCCCCAGCUCCAUCCUGCGUCUCGCCGGCUACCUCGACACCGAAAAGUUCACAACAGCAGCCGAGUUUCGCAACGAUGUCAUGUGUGAGGGCUGGAAGGCGUGCGCCGGCGACGGCGACCGAGAGCUACAUUACUUCUAUUCAGCCCCCAAUGUCUCGAUGCCCGACGCGCCUUACUUCGGCAGCGGCAACUUGGCCUUCCCUGUUCACUACAGCGUCAGGAAAAUGGAUGCAACCAGUCACAUUGAGUACAAUAUACUCAUGUUCGUCCCUUUCGUCGUAGACCACAGCUUCCUGGAGACCCCCCGCGGUUCUGACUGCGAGAACGUAACAUCGCUGCUGGAAGGUUUUAACCUACCCACCAUGCCCGAGCACUACUCCUUCCACCAAGAGGUGGUGUACAAUCCCAGCAUCGAGGGGGUGCAGAACGGCACCCAGAAGAUUGAUUACUCCAAGGCCUACUACAGCGCUGACAUGUCGCUGAUAAGAAUGGACUUUAUUCCCUCUAAUGCCGAUGAAACUGUCUUCGGGAACCAGGACCCCGUCAAAAUUAUAUUGGAUUAUAACACAGGCGUGCAGUAUCUCAUCGACAAAGUGAACGGAAACUGUUCUAGGACAUCUUUGGUAUCUCAUCACUCGCAUAAUCACGGCAUUUUUGGAGGUUCAGGAGAGAUGGUCAGUCCCAAUGGAUUCCUGAACAUGCUGGGCAACUUCUCUUACCUCGGGCCCGAUGUUGACCGCCACAUGGAGGACCAUCGCUGGACCACCACGAGACAUGGAAUAUACGAUUAUAUUUCGGGCACCACGCUCAACAAAGCAGUUCUUGAGUGGGAAUUCCUACUCCAACCCUCGGAGCAGCUGGAGCGAAGUUCCUACAGCGCCUUCGCCCCAGUUCGCUCCAAUCUAUUCCUGUACAACAACGAAAAGGCAGACAUGAUUGACCACAUGAUGAGUGUGAACGUGUACGACUACAGCGCCAUCAGACGCUACACGCCCGACGAGUUCAGCGUGUACGAGUGUGCCGAGCAGCGCGACUUCGACGUAUCGUACCUCGUGCUUCUCUUCCUCACUGACCCAACUCAGCACGCGGCAGCACAGGAGGCCACGGACCAGAUCGUGCACCAGGUCUACUACCAAGUCAUGACUUAUGGACAGAUUUCCCCUGUACGCAUAGCGGACAUUGACAUCACGGACGGCCUGAACGAACCAAGCCCCAGCCCCAACUAUACAGACUCAACAGUCAUGCUGGUGUCGGUGCGGCUCAUGGAAAGAGUUCCGUACAUAUUUUCUUAUGAAAAAGAUACGGAGACGCCAUCUCUUCCGGGCGUCAACGAGGAAAAAUUAAGCGGAAUUUCAAGCAAAGAAGAGUGCGCCGAAUUCUGUUCACUGAACGAUGACUACGAGUGCAAAUCAUUCCAGGUAUGCGACGAUAGUGACUGCUACCUCAGUAAGACUGUUGAUCAGGACGGUGAGCCAGUCCCCGGCGUCCAGUCUUGUGAGCAUUGGGUUCUCAGCCUCGAAAAUAUCUCCUUCGUGGACCUGCCAACCGAACAGGCUUACCACAAGAUAAUAGAAGCCGUUAUCGACGAUAAAUUUACGCUCACUCUCCACACUCAUGAGGGUGGAGACGUAGGAAUGAAUGCGAGCGAAGCGUUCCUGUACAACAACCCUGACCCAAUGGACGCUAUUUCUCGUCAGUUCACAACGUUCGCUCGGCACUACAGGCUUGCUAAACCAGACAACGACAUUCAAGGGGUUAGUACGUUGCUGGAGUGUGAGGCGCUGUGUCUGAACAUCCAGGAGUAUACCUGCGCUAGUCUCUCCUACACGUGGACGACGGGUGACUGCCGCACUUCUGCCCUGCACGCCGACGAAAUGGACGCAUCCGGCACGCAGACAUUCAGUCACUCCGACGUCCUAACGAAGUCAUAUAUGACGGAGUACCUGCCGGUGCCGGGCAGGGUGUCGCUCAACUCGAGCGGGCCGGUCUACCCCAAUGUGGCCAGCUUCGAGGCCUGCGCCAGGCUGUGCUCCAUCGAAACAUCCAUCACGUGUCGUAGUUUCAAUCUUUGCUUCAACGGGGAAUGCCAGCUACACGAGGAAGCCUACCUCGGCGCGGGAGAGGAGGCGAACUACUCUCCUCACUCACAAUGUUCACUCUUCUCUAAGCAGAGUAAGUCGAGCUUCGUGAAGCACAGCAACCAGGGACUGGGCAGUGACCACCACAAGCUGGUGCUGACUAGGACCACUACCGACACCUGCGCUCAGCUCUGCAUCGACAGUAAGUGCCCUGACGCCUUGCGGGAGCGCAGCCACAACUUCAGCCGACCGCGAUAUAUAUCACCGAGAAGAAGCCAACCGAAGAAGAAUAUUGGAACCGCUCCGUCGUUGCGGCACGNGCCCCACGAUCGCCCCAAGCUCGAUGAGUAG